AUGACCUCUGAUUCAUCUAAUGAGCCUAAUAAUUCUAUCUCUGAUACAUUAAGUGAUGCAGCACCUUCUACUCAAAAGAAAACUAAGACUGACACAUUAGAUGAUAAAAUGUCACAAUUUCUAGAUUAUAAAUUAAAUAAUCAAGAACACCCACAUGUGUCCUUUAUUAAAUGUAUUUUACCAUCUUUGGCAUCAUUCGACAAUGAUGACAAUUUUGAAUUCCAAACGGGUAUUAUGCAACUGAUUGAAAAAAUUGAAAAGAAACGCCUUCGUAAUAAUUUAUAUGAUACUUAUGCAAACUAUGGUGACUACCAAAACCAUUUAUCAAAACCGACAGGAUAUUUUACACAAGAUCCAGGUGCAUCAACUUCGACUAGCAAUCAAGUUAUGGAACCGGCUGCAUCACCAAAUUCAGUCUAUACUAAUUUGUCUGAUAGCACACAAGAUUCUUUUAAUUUUGACAAUAUAUAA